GAUAUCAAUGGCCGCUUAAAUUUGCCUGUCGAUGGAGUAUGCCUAUCCACUCUGGUCUCCAUCCCCUUUGCUCACACAUUCCUUUUUCUGAGUUGUUGGGUACAUAAGUCGUCAUCGCUGCUCUCCUCUCUUCCGCUCCCCUCCCCUUAUCUCCCCACCUCAUCCACUUCCGGCCGUUGCCCAUACAUCCUCCUCCAUUUUAUACUCUCCCCCGACUCUACCAUUCACUAUGACUCCGCCGGCCAUUAUAGCUCCUUCCAUCCUGAGCGCGGACUUCGCGACUCUGGGCAGCGAAUGCUCGACCAAAAUGGAGCAGGGCUCCGAUUGGCUUCAUGUUGACAUCAUGGACGGCCACUUCGUGCCUAACAUCACCUUCGGAGCUCCCGUUGUCACCAAGAUCCGGUCCCACGUCGCCCGCCCGACGGAGCCCAGCGGAAAGGGCACGUUCGACUGCCAUAUGAUGAUCAUGGAGCCGCAUAAAUGGGUCAAGGACUUCAAGGACGCCGGAUGCGAUCUCUACUGCUUCCACUACGAGGCUGCCGUCUCGUCCGUGGCGGCCACCUCCCCCGCCGACUCUACUACGACCCGCCAAACAAGCCCUAAGGAGCUGAUCCGAUACAUCCACGACGAGGGUAUGCAAGCUGGCAUUGCCAUCAAGCCCGACACGCCGGUGGACGUCCUGUGGGAUAUUCUGGAGACCGAGAAUGAGAAGGAGCGUCCGGAUAUGGUCCUCGUCAUGACGGUAUAUCCUGGCUUUGGUGGCCAGAAAUUCAUGGCCUCCGAGCUGCCCAAGGUCCAGGCUCUGCGCGAGCGAUACCCCAACUUGAACAUCGAGGUUGACGGUGGACUGGGACUCGGCACCAUCGACCAAGCUGCCGAUGCCGGCGCCAACGUUAUCGUCGCGGGUUCGGCCGUUUUUGGCGCUCAGGACCCUGGCGACGUCAUCGCGAAGCUUCGCGAGGCCGUCGAUACCCGCCGGAAGGAGUAAAAACAAAGAAAAGAGGAUACAGAUUUUUCAUGUAAUUCGGUUCUUUUGCGAUAUAUUUCAUUUAUAAUGCCUCCUUUUCUUUUGUUUCCCAAAAUCUUUUUGAGCUUGAUGACCAAAAAAGAGAAGGAAAGAAUACGUUAGUAAUUUAAUGCGCUUACGGUUGACGAGUAUUCAU